AUGGAUUUUACUAGUGUCAAAUUUCAGAUAACGAUCGCCCAAAUAAAAUAAGAAGAAUUCUUAUAUUAAGGAGAUAAAGUUUAAAUUCAAACAAAUGAUAAAUUACUCGAUUUUAAAUUAAAAAGCAAAAGGGGGUAAUUGAUUAAGAAAAUCAUGCCUAUUUCUAUAAUGUAGAUAAAGAAGAUACCUAAAGAUUAAUAAGAUUUAGACUAGAGUAUUCAAUCAAUUUUAAGGUAAUUAAAUAAUCUAGUAUAUAGAGUGCAAUUCUUUUGA